AUGAUGAAAAAUUCCAAUUUAUUCGCUUUUGUUGCUUCUUUAUCCAUUGCAUUCAUCCAUAUUUCCAGAGGUCUUAUUCCUGAAGAUCGCGGACAAGCCACAUUGAAAAUUCGAUGGCAAUAUCAAAACAGAGAAGCCCUGUUAGAGAACGGUGAACAGUGCGAAUUCUAUCGGAGCCUAGGAUGUACCAUACACCUUGAACUUUGUCUUCGCCAUGGAGGGGAUUACCUGAAGGACUGCACACUGUUCCAAUUGAGAACAAAACGUUACAAGCGAGUUCUAACAUUGACGGAUGAGGCAACAGUUCGGAUCCGCCAGCCAUUACCGGCCACAUACACUUUAGAAGUUAAAAUUGACGCGAUAAAUGUGUUGAAAGAAACCAAACAAGUCGCUUCUUUUGCGGCCUAUAAUUUCAAAGUCCCCUCCAGAGGAGAUUCCGUCCCCAUACCAAUAAGGCGUAUCACAAAUGGCUACAGAAAUCCUGCAGUUCGGUUAACAGUGUCAGGCAUUCUCACGUGCGAUGAAUUUUAUUUUGGAGAUCGUUGUCAACACCAUUGCAGGCCAAAUGCUUCCUCGUACACCUGCACACCAGAAGGUCAAAGGAUAUGUAAUUACGGUUAUCGAGGCGCCCUUUGUGACAUUGUUGACUGGUGCACACUUCUACCGUGCGUUGGAAAAGCCAAAUGCAAACUUCUACCAGACGGAAGUGGCAGAGAGUGCAUAUGUCAAGAACCUGGAGACCUUGAUUGCAUCUAUGAUACGGAUCCAUGCGACCUAUCACCUUGCAAAAAUGGUGGUUUCUGUCACACAAUUAGUAUUCCAAUGCAUCAUUAUCGUUGUGCAUGCAGCGAGCCAUGGUCUGGAAUCCACUGUACCGAACGUUCGGCCUGUCAAAUGGCAACGAAUAUCAGUAACAUUGGAGCACUUUCCCAGUCUCCUUGCUUGAAUGGCGGUCGCUGCAUCGAUCAGUUGAAUGGAUCGUCCUACUUGUGUCAGUGCCACAAAGGCUGGAUAGGAACGAGAUGUGAGCUUUCGAUUGCGUCAAUCGGAAAGGCAACUGCUGGUAUACCGUUGCUAUUCCUUGUGAUCCUGCUUAUCGGUGGAUUUUGGUACGUUAGACGAAGAAAAGCAAUCAAAAGUAAUCAGGAUGGUAAAAGACCUGAUUCUUUUACGGAAGCCCCACACCCCCAUCCUGAUCGUGUUCGGAAGUACUACAAGGCUCCUGUUCCAACACUAACAGUGAAGAACGAGAACAACACGAACCAAUGUGAAAAUGCAAUGAGUUCGUCAGACACCCACACCGGAGGGGCUGAUUCUGGAGGUGACGUUCUCAGCUUGCACACCGUAAGAAAUUACACUACCAGUGAGACUUCUCAUUCCGGAAAAGAGUCUGUUUUGCCUUUGCUACCAAAACGUCCAACACACUGCACUAGAACUCAAGAGGAAAAAAGUAUGAGACCCGGCUAUGAACAGCGACCAACUGUUCGCUUCGCCCCAGUUGACAUUGGAUACAGACGUUCGGAGGCUCCAGAUAAUCCUGUCAGUGCGAUCUACGUGUAACGCCUAGUUCUUUGAAAACAUGUGCAACUUUUAAAUUUUGUUUACGUAUGCUGUAUAUAUGACUGUACAACAAGCUCUUCCCUGCCGAGAUCAUUAUGAUUGUUAUUUAAUAAAGCUAUCAAUAAAUCUGUGACUGUCACUUUUGACAUGAUUUCCACUGCGAAUCGAUGAGUGGUAAGCUGAAGGCAUCUGUCGAGUUAAUACAUCAUGGUGCCACACGUUUGACAGGAAUGAGAAACCGUAACUACCAUUUGGUGUUUAAUGUUUUUACAUGCUCCAAAGUAGAAUUCAUUUGUGGCACUGACAGAGUUGAGUAUUCAUUUUGUGCCAUGUGUUGCCCUGGAUCUCAGCCUUGUUGCUCAGAAAUCUUUCCACAUAUGACAAUGUCGUUUUGAAUCUUUUAAAGUCUGCACCAGAGUUUCAGAAAAAUCCUAAUAGACUUUAGUAAGACGGCAGAUCGGCUAACUGAAAUAGUUUUAGCUGUUUUCAGAGAUUUCUAUGAUGACAAUGAUCCCAUCUUAUGAUUGUAAAAGACAAAAAUCGUGUGUAUUAGCGACCAGGUUACUGGUCACUGGCCGACCAUGCCUGCAAACAGUCGAUCGCACGGCUAAAUUACUGACCACCUAAUCACGCGUAACCGAUCGUCACAAUGGACACUUAAGUUGCAUCGGGUUAAGGGAGAUUGAAUACAUACAAUUGUUCAUUGUUGCCGCUUUACACUCGGCGGGUGAUCCAUACUCUCCAAUGAACGAUUCAGCGAAGAUGUGUAGCGACCCCGUCAACCACACACUUGACUGUUC